GAAUGUUUUCGCCGUUGACAAGGAGACCGGGGUUGAGUUCCGUUGUGCGCGAAACAAAGUAUAUAGGCUACCUAACACAACACAAUGGUGACUAAACAUUGACUAAAUCUUCGUUGCUUGUUUAAACGAUUCUUGUGAGCUACAUAACGCAAAGAAAUGCAUUCAAUCCAGUUUUACUAAAAUUUGGUUGCAUAAAGUAACAAAAUCUUCCAGAGAAAAACUGAAAUAUGGCCGACGUCGCUUUUGUGGCACUAUUGUGUUUUUUGUCGUUCGGAUUGGCACAGUCUGCAGUCAAUACAACAAACACCACUACGGCCCCUCCAAACAGCACCACGCAUGCUCCAAACACCACUGCCGCUGCUCCAAACACUACUCUGACAACUACUAUUUCUGGAUCAGGUUCAACUGCCAAACAAUUGGUCGACGAAGACGAGUCUCGCUUCCCCGUUGUUCUAACUCUACUUUCAAUCGCUCUUUUCAUUUUUGUCGUCAUUGUUAUUGUUCUUAUCGUUGCAUGCUGUGUCGUCUAUCCAAAAGCCAAAGUCAAAGGAUACAAGUUUAUCUAGAACUACCAACACACUGUCGAUGGACAUUUUCGAGGUUAAAACCAAAGCGAGGCAAAAUCGGUCAUCAAUGUGUGAACAAGAGUGACAAUAUAUGCCAAGUCAUGUUUUUGAAAAUAGUUUCUUUUUACAACAUAAAUUAUUUUAGUAUAAAAUUUUUAAAAAGAUAAACAAAGACAAAUGGGUCUAUUUGUUGAGUUCGGUUGCCCGAUUCUGCCUCGUUUUGUUGAAAACCACAGUCUCCCCGUGACACUAGUUUUAACCGGCCGGCUAUUUUCUGAUCAUGUCUAUACUGUGUAUAAUUUGGCGGUUAGACCAUGAUGUAUCAAUGAAUAUCGACAUAAUUGUACACCACCUUCAAAGUUUUUCACAAAUUUUGAAAAUUGCUCUUUUUAAAAGCUUCGUGGGUAUUCCCACAGGAA